GGGCGGGGCCAGCAGGGGGACCUGCUGCUGGGAGAGCAGCGGCCGGAGCGGGGGCCAUGGCGAAGCUGCUGAGCUGCGUCCUAGGCCCCCGGCUCUACAAAAUCUACCGGGAAAGGGACUCGGAAAGGGCCCCGUCCGGCGUCCCUGAGACUCCAACUUCAGUCACUACCCCCCCUUCCAGCUCCUGGGAUACGUACUACCAACCCCGUGCCCUGGAGAAGCAUGCUGACAGCAUUCUGGCACUGGCUUCAGUCUUCUGGUCCAUCUCUUAUUACUCCUCUCCCUUCGCCGCCUUCUACUUAUACAGGAAAGGUUACUUGAGCCUGUCCAAAGUGGUGCCGUUUUCUCACUAUGCUGGGACAUUGCUACUACUCUUGGCAGGCGUGGCCUGUCUCCGAGGCAUUGGCCGCUGGACCAACCCCCAGUACCGGCAGUUCAUCACCAUCUUGGAGGCAACGCACAGGAACCAGUCUGCCGAGAAUAAGCGGCAGCUCGCCAACUACAACUUUGACUUUAAGAGCUGGCCAGUCGACUUCCACUGGGAAGAGCCCAGCAGCCGGAAGGAGUCUCGAGGGGGCCCUUCCCGCCAAGGUGUGGCCCUGCUUCGCCCAGAGCCCCUGCACCGGGGGACAGCAGACACCCUCCUCAACCGGGUCAAGAAGCUGCCUUGUCAGAUAACCAGCUACUUGGUGGCACACACCCUGGGGCGCCGGAUGCUGUACCCUGGCUCAGUGUACCUGCUCCAGAAGGCCCUCAUGCCUGUGCUACUGCAGGGCCAGGCCCGGCUGGUGGAAGAGUGUAACGGGCGCCGGGCGAAGCUGCUGGCCUUUGAUGGCAACGAGAUCGACACCAUGUUUGUAGACCGGCGGGGGUCAGCAGAGCCCCAGGGACAGAAGCUGGUGAUCUGCUGUGAGGGGAACGCGGGCUUCUAUGAGGUGGGCUGCAUUUCUACACCUCUGGAAGCUGGAUAUUCAGUCCUGGGCUGGAACCAUCCAGGCUUUGCUGGAAGCACGGGGGUGCCAUUUCCUCAGAAUGAGGCCAAUGCCAUGGAUGUGGUGGUCCAGUUUGCCAUCCACCGCCUGGGCUUCCAGCCCCAGGACAUCAUCAUCUAUGCCUGGUCCAUCGGCGGCUUCACUGCCACGUGGGCAGCCAUGUCCUACCCAGACAUUAGUGCCGUGAUCCUGGAUGCCUCCUUUGAUGACCUGGUGCCCUUGGCCUUGAAGGUCAUGCCAGAUAGCUGGAGGGGCCUGGUGACCAGGACUGUGAGGCAGCAUCUCAAUCUGAACAACGCAGAACAGCUAUGCAGGUACCAGGGCCCUGUGCUGCUGAUUCGCAGAACCAAGGAUGAGAUCAUCACUACCACGGUUCCCGAGGAUAUCAUGUCCAACCGAGGCAAUGACCUCCUGCUGAAGCUCCUGCAGUAUCGGUAUCCCCGUGUCAUGGCAGAGGAGGGUCUUCGAGUGGUGAGGCAGUGGCUGGAGGCCUCCUCACAGCUGGAGGAAGGUGCGAGGGGAUGCCCCGAGGCCUGUGGGUGGGGGCGUGGCAAGGCCAGGUCACUGACGCGGCUCCCCUCUCUGCCUGCGCAGCCUCGAUCUACAGCCGUUGGGAGGUGGAGGAGGACUGGUGCCUAUCCGUCCUCCGCUCCUACCAGGCAGAACACGGGCCUGACUUUCCCUGGAGUGUGGGGGAGGACAUGGAUGCAGACGGAAGGCAGCAGCUGGCCUUGUUUCUGGCUCAGAAGCAUCUGCACAACUUUGAGGCCACACACUGCACCCCGCUCCCAGCCCAGAACUUCCAGAUGCCCUGGCACCUCUAGCGACCACAGUGGGACUCGUUCUGAAAGAGUGGGACAGGAGGAGACAUGAGGAAGGAUCCUCUUACUUGUGAUUCUCUGUGUUCAUGUUGCUGUUUAUAGUUUGUGGAAAGCGGGGGGACUGUCCCCCUUCUCACUGCCCUCUUGCACGUUUCCCCUCCUCCAUCCGGCAGUACCUAACCUUUCCCAACACACAGCCUGCAUUCGAUGAAUGGAUUAUUCCUAAUAAUUAAUAAAAAGGUAUUUUUUCUACA